CAUCGCUUGUUUUAAAUAUCUUUGUAUAUGAUUGAUCUUAAUUCAAACAGUGCGCGACGCUAUAUUAAGAUUAAAUGAGUUUACAUAAAUACCAAACUACGAUCUUCUUCAAGUAUGAACGCAGAUUUAAAAGUUACGUAACCGGAUUCAACUAUAUUUACUUCGUUCAUAGACAAAAUUAGGUACACUUAUCUUGUGUUACUUAAAAAAAAUUGUAAAGAAUUUUACGCGCUUUAGAUAAACACUUGGACAUUGCUUGAAAUAAAUAUCGUCUGUUACCAUGUGAAAACAAUAACUUGACAGAAGAACAAAAAAAAGAUUGGUUGUGAAAUUCGAAUUGUUAAGUUAUCGCAUCUGAUGGAAGGAUUAAAUUGAGGAAGUAUUCGCUUACAUGUAGAAUUCCAAGACAAGUUUGAUCGAAUCAAUAUGUGUUUUGCAUCAUUAUACAGUUUGUGGAUAAUAUUAUCUCUAAAUACAUUUGAAACAACUGCCUCGAAAGUAUAUCUAAACACAAAAGAUACAUCUUUCAGUGAAUUUAACAAUGCAAAUAUUAGAACAGCUAAUGUGCAUGUUCAGAGAAAAUAUAAGAUGUACAGACGAAAAAUAGAACACAACUCAACUACUGAUGCCGAAACAAGCUACUUAGGUAGAUAUGGGGAAAGAACAACACGUCUACCCAAUAGACAGUUCCAAACUAAAAUCGUACCGGAGGAAAUAAUCUCAGUGACUGAUAGAGACAUAGAUAUAAAACAUAGCCGUAGAAAAAGAAAUUCGAACAUAAGAUGCCAUGGACUAUGUGAAAGAUCUUUAUGUCAAUGGACAAAUAGUUGGGAUUUUGAUAAGUUCAGAAAUCCAGCAUUUAUUCCAAAGGCUAAAUGUAACAGCCAAUGCAGGUUGAACUCAGCAAAUGUAGUGAUUCCAAAUAUUCUAAAUGUGAAUACAGCAUGCGAGCCAAUAAAAAGAGAUAUACCUAUAUUUAAGAAUAAUGAAAAUGCAUACAUUAAAGACUGGCCGGUUGCUUGCGCAUGUACCAUCAGACAUAUAUCAGCCCUUCAAAAUAAACAGAUAAAAGCUCGGCACAAAACGAAAAAUGAAAAGUUGAGAAAAAGAGGGCAACGAAGACGGAUCAAAGUUAAAACUAAAUACGAAUUCAAUAUAUCAAGAUAUUUUGAAGUCAGAAAAAAGAUACUGAAACCAUUUCUAUUUCUUCCGCAGUUUUAGAAGUAAUUCUAGGAAUGGGGUAAAGAAAACAAAGAACUAUCACAUAUUUUGUUUAAAAAAAACUCAACUUAUCGUUAUACUAAAGUCCCGUGCCUUACCAUUAGUUUUACUUUUUAAACCUUUUCAUGAUAUUCUUAAACGGGAGUUCCAAAGAGAUGAAUAGAAAUAAAGCAAGAUAAGUGAAUAUGACAUAGUUGUCAGUUUUGACUGAUUAUGUACAUGCAAAUCUCCCAUGCCCUUGAGCAAACAUUCAAAUAAAGAAAAACAGAAUCCCUAAAAAAAGCCCAACAUGACGAAAUUAAAAAUGUUACAGACUCGGUUGGAUUGAGCCUGUUCAUGGACGGUACUGGAAAGUGCAAGUUACCGUCCACGCCCUCUAGCACCGGCUUAAGCAGAAUUCAACAUUUAAA